GCACUACAGCUCCAUCCCAUUGGCUGCUAGACGCCACUUACAUCCGGGAUCUGUUGUGUCGCUUCCAAUGAGGUGACGUGACUGUUAUUAAACGGCUCUGGCUAGGAUGUCCUGUUCCAACCUGUGAUUCCAACCUAACCUCACGGAAGUGAAAUGAUUGCAGGUUUUGGUAGUUUAUCUGAUUUCCCAGAGUAAGUUGUCAUUAACUUGCCCAUACGUUUUAGUGCGAGGUGACCCACAGAGAGUGAAUCCGUUUAAAUGGCGUCGACCAAUGACCCAUUCCAGUUUCACGAAUUUGAAGAAGCGGGCAAUCUGUUGGAAGCCAACGGAGAUGCAACCACCAUUAGUAUUGAAGAUGACGAAAGCAAGCCCGAGAAGCAGAGACCAGCUUUCUCUCCUGCUGGGGAUGAUGAGGACCCACUUGCCAGCGAUGACAAGACAGAGCUUCUCUCUGGGCAAACCAAAAGUGUCCCCUUUUGGACAUUUGAGUACUAUCAAAGAUUUUUUGACGUCGAGACCCAUCACGUGAAGGAAAGAAUCGUUGGAUCAGUGCUGCCAUGGCCUGGAAAGAAUUUUAUUCAUACCUACCUUCGUAGAAAUCCAGAUUUGUACGGACCAUUCUGGAUUUGCACCACCCUUGUGUUUGCUAUUGCUAUCAGUGGAAACCUAGCAAACUUUCUGAUGCACUUGGGAAAACCAAAUUACAAGUAUACCCCAGAGUUUCAAAAAGUGACAAUAGCUGCAACAGCGAUCUUCAGCUAUGCUUGGUUUGUGCCCCUUGCCCUGUGGGGUUUCCUGCUAUGGCGAAACAACAAGAUCAUGAACUUGGUGUCCUACUCCUUCAUGGAGAUUGCCUGUGUGUAUGGAUAUUCCCUUUCCAUUUACAUACCAACAGUGAUCUUAUGGAUUGUCCCGUACGAAUGGCUGAGGUGGUGCACCAUCGUGGUGGCUCUCGUCCUCUCUGGCUCACUUCUGGGGACGACUUUCUGGCCUGCAGUCAGGGAUGACCACCCUAAAAUUAUCAUAGCAAUAAUGUCGACCAUUGUUGUGUUAAACGCCCUGCUUGCUGUCGGCUGUAAGACCUAUUUCUUCAGCAAACCAGAAGAAGUACAACCAGGUGAACUUUCUUCUGCAACACAAGCGACCAAAGCCCCAAACCCAACAUGAAAGCCUGUCUCUUUCUAAAGGUUCUCCGGUGGCCUUAUUAGAGAGAAUUGGGUUGCUCUGGUGAUGAAGUCACGGAUCGUCUGGAUUUCACCUUCACUCGAACAUUCUGGCUCAAGACCUUUAAAACCCACGGUGCAUUCUUGAUGCAAGUUUUUAUUUUCAGAAGUCAUGCAGUUGUUCCAAGUGUGUUAUUUCUAAUGGGAUGGGUUCUACACUUCCUUAAUGAUAAUGGGUUAUGGUGUUACACAGCACAUAAGAAUUCUUGUUGUGGUAGCGUUCCCCUUUAUAGUUAUGUUGAAAUAUUUAGGUAACCAUUCUGUGCAGUAAUGUUGGUAGCAUCAAAGGCAUUUUGUAUAUGCAUUUUUUUUUUUAUAUUUAGUUAAUGGGAACUUGGUGGUAUAUUUUGUGUAAAAAUAUUCUAAAUGAACAGCACAAGAAUUGUGUAUUAUAAGAUUUUAAACAUUUAUACAAAUAGUGUAAUUUGUAUUUUCCUCUAACUGAUUUAACCGCAAGUGCCCACAACUAAUGCCAAAGACCUAUCAUA